GUCUUGGUUUGAUUUUUUUGGUUAUCGUUUUUCACUUGUUCAAUUUUUCUUUUUUUGUUAAAAAUUUAAAUUUGGUGUGUUUAAGUUCAUAAACGCUAAAUAAGCCCAUACAAAAGCCCACAUAGAUGAAGCCAUUACGACAGCGUAUUGUGAGUUACGAUUGAAAACCCCUCUCUACUCGGUUAAACCCGUCGCCGGCAUAUUGAUCUUCGCCGGAGGAUAUGGCGAUUUCAGAAGAAGAAGCCAAACUCGAAAGGUUCCUAGAUUGGCUUCAGGUGAAUGGAGGUGAAUUAAGAGGCUGCAACAUCAAAUAUUCUGACUCCCUAAAAGGAUUUGGCAUAUUCGCUUCCACCUCCACUCAAGCUUCCGAUGAAGUUUUGCUUGUUGUUCCGCUUGAUCUGGCCAUUACCCCUAUGAGAGUUCUUCAGGACCCUCUCCUGGGCCCUGAGUGUCAGAAAAUGUUCGAACAAGGACAAGUUGAUGACCGCUUUCUCAUGAUUCUGUUCCUCACUUUGGAGCGUCUUCGUAUCAAUUCUUCUUGGAAGCCGUAUCUUGAUAUGCUUCCUACUCGAUUUGGCAAUCCUCUUUGGUUUUCUGAUGAUGACAUCCUUGAGCUAAAAGGGACUAACUUGUAUCACGCAACCGAGUUACAGAAGAAGAAGUUGCUCUCGCUUUACCAUGACAAGGUGGAGGUCCUGGUGACAAAGCUUCUUAUUUUGGAUGGCGAUUCCGAAAGCAAGGUCUCCUUUGAACACUUCCUCUGGGCAAACUCUGUAUUCUGGAGUCGCGCCUUGAAUAUUCCUCUUCCACAUUCUUUCGUGUUUCCACAAAGCCAAGAUGAUACCGGGGAAUGCACAUCAACAAGUGAGUCCCCUGAAACGGCUCCAGUUAAUUCUAAUGAGGAAAAAGAAAUUCAGGCUCAACCUGCGCCAUCUGUAGGAUCCGGAGAUACAAUAUGGGUUGAGGGGCUUGUUCCUGGCAUUGACUUUUGCAACCAUGAUUUGAAGCCUGUGGCGACUUGGGAAGUUGAUGGGAUCGGAUCAGUAUCUAGGGUUCCUUUCUCCAUGUACCUUCUCUCUGUUGCUCAACGUCCUAUCCCAAAGAAGGAGAUCUCGAUCAGUUAUGGUAACAAAGGAAAUGAGGAGCUUCUUUACCUGUAUGGCUUUGUGAUAGAUAACAACCCAGAUGAUUAUCUCAUGGUACAUUAUCCUGUUGAGGCAAUUCCGAGUAUCCCUUUUUCUGAUUCCAAGGGGCAGCUGCUUGAAGCUCAGAAUGCACAACUCCGGUGUCUCUUGCCAAAAUCGGUCCUAAAUCAUGGGUUUUUCCCACGAACCACAUCAGUAAUUAGAGAAAGUGAUGAGAAGGAAACAGUGAGAUCCUGUAAUUUCAGUUGGUCUGGGAAGCGUAAGAUGCCCACAUAUAUGAACAAACUAGUUUUCCCAGAAGAUUUUAUGACUGGCUUAAGGACCAUUGCAAUGCAAGAAGAAGAGAUUUACAAGGUCUCAGCUAUGCUUGAAGAGGUAUGAUCACCGUUUUUUCUUUCUUCUGACAUCUGAAACCCAUAUCCUACACAAAAAAUCUCCAUCUCUGAAAGAGUGAAAGUAGUAACUUGGGAAACGAAGGCGGAAUCAUAAAUAUCCACAGUUUGUCUUCCACUAGAUAAUGAGACAAAAGUAUUGUUUUCCUGAAAAGCUUGUUGAGUCAAGACAAGGCGAGCAACCUUCUGAAACUGAGGUCAGGAUGGCAGUAUGGGAAGCAUGUGGGGAUUCUGGAGCUUUGCAGUUACUUGUGGAUCUCCUUAAUUCAAAGAUGAUGAAGCUGGAAGAGAAUUCUGGCACUGAAGAACAAGAUGCUAGGCUCCUUGAGGAGGCGUGCGUCUUAGAGAGCCAUGAAGAAUCGAGGGACUUGGAUGGGAGAAGGAUGAGCAGAAACAAGUGGUCAAGUGUAGUGUACCGUAGAGGACAGAAGCAGCUCACAAGACUGUUGUUGAAGGAGGCAGAGCAUGCCCUUCACUUAGCUCUCUCCUCUGACCAUUGACUGAUAUCUCAUCGGUGUUUUAUUGUAGAUUAUUUUAAACAUAUCCAUUUCAAAGGCUAAAUAAGCAAAUUGUGUGAUAUAACAAUUAUUAGUGUGUGGCACCAAAUUAACGGUCUAUAUAUUUUAAAGUAAUACCCAAAUCUUUUAGCUAAACCAAUAU